AUGCUGAUUGCCGGAUUGAGAAGGGUCCCGGGAUGGCUGAAGCUGUUGGCCAGCCUAUGUCUGCUUCUUUGCCUUGUGGGGGAGACCGGGGCCAAGAGGGUCCCCAAAAUCCCCCGCUGUCCUGCCACCUGCUCCUGCACCAAAGACAGUGCCUUCUGUGUGGAUACCAAGGCUAUCCCCAAGAGCUUCCCCCCUGGGAUCAUCUCCCUGUGAGUACAACAUUGAUCCGUCUGUGUGUGUCUGUUCCUGUAUACUCUAUCUGCUUUUUGAUCUAUUCCUUACAUUUGAUUCCAAAAUGAUAAAACCAGCUGUUGAUAAUGUACAUACAGACUUACUAUGAUCUGUGAUGUCAUGCAUGGUUUUUACCAAUGACUUCAUCUCUCAUGGACUAGCCUGUUGACAUUACAUCAUGCAAACAUAGGCUACACUUUUAUACAAGAUAAUUUGGGGAGACACAGGAGAGGAGUGCUUCAAGAUAAUUUGGGGUUUUUACAAUAUAUUCUGCAAUGUCUACUCUGGUUACCAAAAGCUUAUAGUUCAUGUCUACAAAAUUGAUUUUUUUAAAACAGUUUCAGAUUAUUUUAUAUUAUACUAUGGUUUCUCAAGAGAGAAAUACAGUGUUUGUGCUCCUCAAGAACAUGUGUCUGAUAGAUUUUAAAGAGACAGAAAAGAUCAGGUUCACCAUGCCUGUGUGUUUUGACGGACAGGGCUAGGUCAGCUAAUAAAAGAUGACAAAUGGGCACUUUGUGCCCCUGUGCCUCAGUCUCUCCUCAUUCUUGGACAGAAGUCAGGGGGAGCUGGCAGAAAUGAGACUACAUUGAUUGGAGUAGAGCAAUGGGAUGUGCCAUGGCCCUCCUGGGAGAGACACUUACAAUAGAUUCACAUCUCACAGCAAAAGACCUGCGUGUCCUCCAAGGAACAGUAACCUUACGAAAGUUAGAUAGAUAGUGCGCAUUCAGUAAAUGGAACGCCAAAAAUGAAAUGAUAUAUACUCUGUCUGCUUACAUUUUCUAACACAAGAAUAUUGUGUUUACUUACAUUUUUGUCUAUAUUGACUCUGAAUGUAUUAUCUUUCUGUAAUCGAGCAUCAUGUUCUUGUUUUUAAAGAGCUUGGGGAAUUGAAGAGCACAAGCACUACAAGGUGGAGGUGGCCUCAUUUUAAAGUGAUAAAGACAUGAACCUGUGAAUAAGGAAACUGUGUCCUAGUUUUAAAAGAUUUUGUCCUUCUUGAAAUUCAAAUAGUAAGACAGAUUGAGCCACAGGAGCUCUUGCUAAAACAUCCCAUGCUGCAUGUUCAGUUCUGUCAAUAGAUUGACUGUGCCUGGGGACUGUGGAGAACAUUCCGAUGCAGGCCCCAUCCCCUCAUAUUGAUUAGGUGUGAUGCAGUACCACCAUCCCCAUCAGGGCCUAACGAUUCUUAUUUUAACAAAAAGUUAUGCUAAUAAACAUACAGAAUUCACAAACCUCUGUGGCUGACUGGCAACAUACAUACACUUUUAGCAUGGAGCAACAAGCCCUUGCGCACAACGGAGGGUUGGAUAAGGAUGAUGAAAUUGACUCAAUGUUAAUUGAUAGAGCCUGAAUGAUGAUAAGUUGAUUGUCUGUACUCCUCAGGACAAUGGUGAAUGCAGCCUUCACUACAAUCCCAGAGGGAGCCUUCUCUCACCUGAACCUUUUGCAGUUUCUGUGAGUAUUCAUGCCACAUCAACCCAUCCUCUCCCUUCCUGUCUGAGGUAGAGGAAUUAGAGCAAACAGUCUCAACUUAACUUCUGUGGUUUGGGUCAAUUAAAAUGCUAAACAUGUUCUCUCCAAGACACCAUCUUCUAUACAACAAAGAAAAUUCAGCUAGACCAAUCUCGCCUGUUGUUUUGGAGACCAAAAUCAAGAUAAUACAUGUAGUAAGUUGGAGGGCUAAACAUACACAUAAAGAUAACUAGAUAAGAAGUACAAGUCGUGAAGUAACAUUUGUUAGACAAUACAAACACUAUAAAUCUCUUGAAAUAAACUGUUAUUGAAAACAGUGGUGACAUGGCAGUAGUGAAAGUAAAGUGGCUCUGUAUCAGUGUCAUCGCCAAUGACUGACUCCCUUCAGUUCUCUUCUGUUUAAACAAUGGCUUAUCUGUCUACGCAGAUUCAAUGGAGUGUGUGUGUGUGUUUGUGUGUGUGUGUGCUUUCAUAUUUUGUGGUUUUGAGCUCAUAUUAAAAUGCCCAAUGCAGCUGUUUUUAUCUCAAUAUCAAAUCAUUUCUGGGUAACAAUUAAGGACCUUACUGUGAUUGUUUUAAAUUAAAAUGGUAAAAAAAGGAAACAAAAACAGCUUCUUAGCAAAGAGCAUUUUCUCAAGCAAGAAUUUUGCUAGGACUGUCUGCGAAUGGUCUGAGUGGGGAGGGGAAAACUGAAAACAUAUUGUCAAAGAGGUUUGGAACUCUCUUUCUUAUUGGUCUAUUAACUAAUUAACCGCCUGGUGAUGUCACCACGCAGGCCAAAACUCCAUCCCACCAAAACAGGCUGAAAUUUCAGGAGGUCUUUUCAAACAGCUCUUUCUGUAAAAGGGCAUUAUCAUCAUUUUCACGAUUUCACAGUAUUAUUCCAACCACAUAGUGUUGAAAUAUAUAAAACACAGGAAAAUGAUGUUUUUGACCGCACUGGGCCUUUAAAGCUGACCCAUACUAUAUUGAAUAGUUUAUCUGUUCCUUGAAAUUGAAUAGCUCUUCCUAUUUCCACUCCACUCCCAUUCAGGUGAUUUAUUUGUUACUGGAGGAGAUGCUUUGUACACUACCUGUGUCCAUUUGUAAUCCUGUGUAAAUAAAUACACAUUUACAGUACCGGUAUUGAUUAGCAUGUGUUUUAACCUCUCCAGCAGUAUUUUUCUGGACAUUUUGUUAAGUCAAACAUUUGAAAUGGAAAGUGAAACAGAUUUCAUUCCAGUGUUAUAAACCUUCUCUCUCUUUCUCUCCCUCUCUGCAGUCUGUUGAACUCCAAUACCUUCACUGUGGUGGCUGAUGAUGCCUUUGCAGGUCUGUCACACCUGCAGUACUUGUAAGUGUUACACUUUGUGCCCUUAUUCAACCACACAUAUACCCCCAACAAUCGUUCUGAGAGGAUGAGGUAGUGGUGUUACAAUGAAAGAUCCAGUCCUCAGCCAGACAAGUAACAUUGGAUAUUGAUCCUCCUCCUACCAAAGAGCCUUACUGCCUUUGUGGGGCCUGAUGAAGCUGAGCAUACCAUUUUGUUAAUUGAUGGGAAGUUGGGCACCAGGAAAUAUGAGGUUGCUGAUGCUAUCGCAUUUGCUGCUUUCCACAGAAGCAAUGCAUUAGGCUCCAUAAAGUGAUUGUGUGGCUCUGGCUGCAGCCCAGCCCCAGUGCUCUGCAUUGCCCAGCCAGCUCUACCCCGAGGUGGCUCCUCACUGUGAAUGCUAAUGAACUCAUGUCUUCAUAUCCAGUGCUGCUCAAUAUGGGAGACAGAAUGUAGGCUGGCUGAGCUCACACUGUGUAGCCCUGGGAUGCCUCACAGAUCCAGAAUGAAUACAGAGAAUGCACCUGUAGUCAAUUGUCACCUAAACUUUGAUACAGGGCUCAGGCAAUAUGUAUAUUUAUUACUGAACCCAUGUAGAGGCACCCUACUAAGUAUCUGAUGACGGGGCACUUUUGCCAACUGUCAAUUCUCGAUUUUAAGUAUACCCAAGACGUACAACUGUUACGUUAACUUCAUUAGAAAAAUGUGAGCCACAGCCAGUAAAUGGCUGUUUCUAGAUCCCCUCCCCCCUCCUCUUCACCACUUGGCUUAUCCUCAAUGUCAGUGCUGCUCUUACUGCAGCCAGUCCAGCGAGCAGCCAGGCCCAGGUCCAUUCCCAUUAUAGCUGCUUAAGAUUCAGGAAGCAGGACAUGGUCCCCUUGGUAACAGGCUUUUGAAUUAAAUAAAUAAAUGAGGGACAGACGGAGACACAAUUAUGAUAAAAGGUUCAAUAAGACCAACGUUACACUCUGAAUAUGGAAAAUAAGGUUGUGUACUAUGCAUGAUUGACAUGGAAAUGUAUUCAAAUUAUCUUGAUUGUAUUAUAUUGGCAAAUGACCCCGAGUUCUACCAGAAAGCAUGGUUUUUAUAAUACGAAUACACAUUCAUUGAGAUGCCACUGUUAAUAUAAAGAUGUCUGUCUGAAUCAUUCAUUCACUGGGUUGAUCUUGAUUAUUAUGAUUGCUUGCAUUUUUUCAGAAGUCUACUAUCUACACUGAGUAUACAAAACAUUAAGAACACCUGCUCUUUCCAUGACAUAGACUGACCAGGUGUAUCCAGGUGAAAGCUAUGAUCCCUUAUUGAUGUCACUUGUUAAAUCCACUUCAAUAAGUCUAUAUAAAGGGGAGGAGACAGGUUAAAGAAGGAUUUUUAAGCCUUGAGACAAUUGAGACAUGAAUUGCGUAUGUGUGCCAUUCAGAGGGUGAAUGGGAAAAACACAAUAUUGAAGUGCCUUUGAACCGGUAGAAGGUGCCAGGUGCACCGGUUUUGUCAAGAACUGCAACGCUGCUGUUUUUUCCACCCUCAACAGUUUCCUGUGUGUAUCAACAAUGGUUCCUAAUGUUUGGUGUACUCAGUGUAUGUGUGACACAGUACACUGCUCAAAAAAAUAAAGGGAACACUUAAACAACACAAUGUAACUCCAAGUCAAUCACACUCCUGUGAAAUCAAACUGUCCACUUAGGAAGCAACACUGAUUGACAAUAAAUGUCACAUGCUGUUGUGCAAAUGGAAUAGACAACAGGUGGAAAUUAUAGGCAAUUAGCGAGACACCCCCAAUAAAGGACUGGUUUUGCAGGUGGUGACCACAGACCACUUCUCAGUUCCUAUGCUUCCUGGCUGAUGUUUUGGUCACUUUUGAAUGCUGGCGGUGCUUUCACUCUAGUGGUAGCAUGAGACGGAGUCUACAACCCACACAAGUGGCUCAGGUAGUGCAGCUCAUCCAGGAUGGCACAUCAAUGCGAGCUGUGGCAAGAAGGUUUGCUGUGUCUGUCAGCGUAGUGUCCAGAGCAUGGAGGCGCUACCAGGAGACAGGCCAGUACAUCAGGAGACGUGGAGGAGGCCGUAGGAGGGUAACAACCCAGCAGCAGGACUGCUACCUCCGCCUUUGUGCAAGGAGGAGCAGGAGGAGCACUGCCAGAGCCCUGCAAAAUGACCUCCAGCAGGCCACAAAUGUGCAUGUGCCUGCUCAAACGGUCAGAAACAGACUCCAUGAGGGUGGUAUGAGGGCCCGACGUCCACAGGUGGGGGUUGUGCUUACAGCCCAACACCGUGCAGGACGUUUGGCAUUUGCCAGAGAACACCAAGAUUGGCAAAUUCGCCACUGGUGCCCUGUGCUCUUCACAGAGGAAAGCAGGUUCACACUGAGCACAUGUGACAGACGUGACAGAGUCUGAAGACGCCGUGGAGAACGUUCUGCUGCCUGCAACAUCCUCCAGCAUGACCGGUUUGGCGGUGGGUCAGUCAUGGUGUGGGGUGGCAUUUCUUUGGGGGGCCGCACAGCCCUCCAUGUGCUCGCCAGAGGUAGCCUGACUGCCAUUAGGUACCGAGAUGAGAUCCUCAGACCCCUUGUGAGACCAUAUGCUGGUGCGGUUGGCCCUGGGUUCCUCCUAAUGCAAGACAAUGCUAGACCUCAUGUGGCUGGAGUGUGUCAGCAGUUCCUGCAAGAGGAAGGCAUUGACGCUAUGGACUGGUCCGCCCGUUCCCCAGACCUGAAUCCAAUUGAGCACAUCUGGGACAUCAUGUCUCGCUCCAUCCACCAACGCCACGUUGCACCACAGACUGUCCAGGAGUUGGCGGAUGCUUUAGUCCAGGUCUGGGAGGAGAUCCCUCAGGAGACCAUCCGCCACCUCAUCAGGAGCAUGCCCAGGCAUUGUAGGGAGGUCAUACAGGCACGUGGAGGCCACACACCCUACUGAGCCUCAUUUUGACUUGUUUUAAGGACAUUAAAUCAAAGUUGGAUCAGCCUGUAGUGUGGUUUUCCACUUUAAUUUUGAGGGUGACUCCAAAUCCAGACCUCCAUGGGUUGAUAAAUUUGAUUUCCAUUGAUAAUUCUUGUGUGAUUUUGUUGUCAGCACAUUCAACUAUGUAAAGAAAAAAGUAUUUCAUAAGAUUAUUUCAUUCAUUCAGAUCUAGGAUGUGUUAUUUUAGUGUUCCCUUUAUUUUUUUGAGCAGUGUAUUUUGAGUGAUCCUCUCUCUCUGUAUGCCCAUCAGAUUUAUAGAGAACAAUGACAUCCACGCCCUGUCAAAGCAUACCUUCAGAGGGCUUAAAUCCUUGACUCACCUGUGAGUACAUCUUCUGCCUAUUUCUCUGUAAAUAUCAAUGGAAGAAUACUAAACUCAGCAAAAAAAGAAAUGUAAUCUCACUGUCAACUGCAUUUAUUUUCAGCAAACUCAACAUGUGUAAAUAUUUAUAUAACAAGAUUCAACAACUGAGACAUUAACUGAACAAGUUCCACAGACAUGUGACUAACAGAAAUGGAAUAAUGUGUCCCUGAACAAAGGGGGGGUCAAAAUCAAAAGUAACAGUCAGUAUCUGGUGUGGCCACCAGCUGCAUUAAGUACUGCAGUGCAUCUCCUCCUCAUGGACUGCACCAGAUUUGCCAGUUCUUGCUGUGAGAUGUUACCCCACUCUUCCACCAAGGCACCUGCAAGUUCCCGGACAUUUCUGGGGGGAAUGGCCCUAGCCCUCACCCUCCGAUCCAACAGUUCCCAGACGUGCUCAAUGGGAUUGAGAUCCGGGCUCUUCGCUGGCCAUGGCAAAACACUGUCAUUCCUGUCUUGCAGGAAAUCACACACAGAACGAGCAGUAUGGCUGGUGGCAUCGUCAUGCUGGAGGGUAAUGUCAGGAUGAGCCUGCAGGAAGGGUACCACAUGAGGGAGGAGGAUGUCUUCCCUGUAAAGCACAGCGUUGAGAUUGCCUGCAAUGACAACAAGCUCAGUCCGAUGAUGCUGUGACACACCGCCCCAGACCAUGACGGACCCUCCACCUCCAAAUCGAUCCCACUCCAGAGUACAGGCCUCGGUAUAACGCUCAUUCAUUUGAUGAUAAACGCAAAUCCGACCAUCACCCCUGCCAGUCCUGUCUGGUCCAGCGACGGUGGGUUUGUGCCCAUAGGCGACGUUGUUGCCGGUGAUGUCUGGUGAGGAUCUGCCUUCCAACAGGUCAACAAGCCCUCAGUCCAGCCUCUCUCAGCCUACUGCGGACAGUCUGAGCAAUGGAGGGAUUGUGCGUUCCUGGUGUAACUUGGGCAGUUGUUGUUGCCAUCCUAUACUUGUCCCGCAGGUGUGAUGUUCAGAUGUACCGAUCCUGUGCAGGUGUUUUUACAUGUGGUCUGCCACUGCGAGGACGAUCAGCUGUCCCUCCUGUCUCCCUGUAGCGCUGUCUUAGGCGUCUCACAGUACGGACAUUGCAAUUUAUUGCCCUGGCCACAUCUGCAGUCCUCAUGCCUCCUUGCAGCAUGCCUAAGGCACGUUCACACAGAUGAGCAGGGACCCUGGGCAUCUUUCUUUUGGUGUUUUUCAGAGUCAGUAGAAAGGCCUCUUUAGUGUCCUAAGUUUUCAUAACUGUGACCUUCAUUGCCUACCGUCUGUAAACUGUUAGUGUCUUAACGACCGUUCCACAGGUGCAUGUUCAUUAAUUUUGUAUGGUUCAUUGAACAAGCAUGGGAAACAGUGUUUAAACCCUUUACAAUGAAGAUCUGUGAAGUUAUUUGGAUUUUUACGAAUUAUCUUUGAAAGACAGUGUCACGAUCGUCAUAAUGAGUGGACCAAGGCGCAGCGUGAUAUGCGUACAUCUCUUUAAUAGUGUACUUAGCAACACGAUACAAAUAGCAAAACAACAAAACGAAACGUGAAGUCCUCGGUCAUACACAAACCUACACGGAACAAGAUCCCACGAAUCACAAGUGCACAAAAGGCUGCCUAAGUAUGGGUCCCAAUCAGAGACAACAAGCAACAGCUGAUUCUCGUUGCCUCUGAUUGAGAACCACCCCGGCCAACAUAGAAACACAUAACCUAGAACAGAACAUAGGAAACGAAACAUAGACACUACACAAAGAAACUAACACCCUGGCUCAACAUACAAGAGUCCCCAGAGCCAGGGCGUGACAGACAGGGUCCUGAAAAAGGGCUGUUUCUUUUUUUGCUGAGUUUAGUUAUGGAUUGCAUGGACAUGUUAUGACAUUAAAAUUAAUAUCUGUCUUUUGUAGUUCUCUGUCAAAUAAUAACCUGCAGCUCCUUCCACGAGAACUCUUCAAAUAUCUUGAUAUUCUGACAGACUUGUAAGUACACAUAUUUUUGAAAGGGAAUGUGGUAUCCUUAUCAUCAUUGGUUUCAUCUUGUGAUUUUAGGUUUUUAAAACAAGUAACUAUAACUUAUUAGUAUUACCAUACUAUGUUAUUACCCACUUUAUGAAGUGCUGUAAUUUAAAGUGCUACUGAGAAUCCUUACUACAGAUAGUUUUCUAAGAACUGUGUCAUGGGUGGACAAUAAUUAUAUUUUUGAUGUGUUACCCAGAGACCUGCGGGGUAACUCUUUCCGCUGUGACUGUAAAAUCAAGUGGCUUGUGGACUGGAUGGAGAAGACCAACACCUCUGUCCCGGCCAUCUACUGUGCCAGCCCAUUUGAGUUCCAAGGCCGCAGAAUCCAUGAUCUCACCCCACGAGACUUCAACUGUAUCAGUGCAGGUUUGCCCCCAAUUAUUUUAAAAUUAAUUAAUUUCACAGGACAUCAAGGCACUUAAUUUACAGGUUGAUAAUCCUCAUCUCUCUCUUCCCCUUUAGACUUUGCAGUUUAUGAAACUUUCCCUUUCCAUUCUGUGUCAGUGGAGUCCUAUGAAUUCAACGACGAUCAGUUUGUGGCCUUCGCCCAGCCUGAUACAGGGUUCUGUACACUGUUUGUAUGGGAUCAUGUGGAAAUGGUCUUCCGGAUGUACCAUAAUAUAACAUGUACGUUUCUUCCAUGACUCAUGCCUUCUAAAAAUAAGUAAUCAUGCCACAAGACAACCAAUGCAUUCAACUGUUAUCACUUAAUUAUAGACCAAGGGAAUUUACAUUGUAUCUUGGAGCAAACCACUUCUUUAAGUCCACAGAGGAGACUGAAGUCAGCUAAACCUGCUACUUUUUGCAUCUGUGUUUCUCCUAGCUCGCUCCGCUGUCUACUGCAAGCCUGUGGUGAUAAAUAACACUCUUUACAUGGUUGUGGCUCAACUUUUUGGAGGAUCCCACAUCUACAAGUGAGACUUAUUCCAAUUCCCAUAGGCAAUACAGUGUCAUUGACUUGUUCAUUUUCUUAGCCACAAAUUGUGUUAAAUGGAUACUUCGGGAUUUUGGCAAUGAGGCCCUUUAGCUACUUUCCCAGAGUCAGAUGAACUCGUGGAUACCAUUUUUAUGUUUCUGUGUCCAGUAUGGGAGUUAGAGGUAGUUUCGUGAGCCAAUGCUAACUAGUGUUAGCGCAAUGACUGGAAGUCUAUGGGUAUCUACUUAAGGUUAGAUGUUUGUGAUGAUGAUUUAUGGAUGGCUGACCUGAUUGACACCUUCUUUUCAGGUGGGAAGAGGACCCACAGCGAUUUGUGAAGAUCCAGGACAUUGACACCACACGUGUGAGGAAACCCAACUUUGUUGAGACCUUCCAGCUGGAUGAUGAGUGGUACUUUGCAGUGGCAGACAGUUCCAAGGCAGGCUCUACAAGCAUAUACCGCUGGAACAGCAACGGUUUCUACUCCCACCAAUCCCUUCAUCCCUGGCAUCGUGACACCCAUGUGGAGUUCCUAGAUGUGGAGGGGAAGCAGCGUCUCAUUCUCUCCAGUGCCUCCCAGCCCCCAGUGGUUUACCAGUGGAACCGCAGCCUGCGCCAGUUUGCCUUUCAUUCCCAAAUCACUGAGACUGCCGAUGUGCAGAUGGUCAAGCAUUUCUGGGUGCGCAAAGUUCUCUACCUCUGCCUUACACGCUUCAUUGGCGACUCCAAGAUUCUCCGCUGGGAGGGGCAGCGCUAUGUUGAGAUUCAGACCCUGCCCUCACGUGGCUCCAUGGCUGUGUAUCCAUUCACUGUGGGCCCCCGCCAGUAUCUCCUCCUAGGGAGUGAUUUCUCCUUCUCUCGAGUUUACCUGUGGGACGACCUUACCCAGCGCUUCCAGCCCUUCCAGGAGCUCAACAUGAGAGCACCCCGGGCCUUCAGCUUGGUGUCAGUGGACAACAAAGACAUCCUGCUGGCAGCCAGCUUCAAAGGCAACACCCUGGCCUACCAGCACCUAAUAGUGGAUCUCAGUGCCAAAUAGACCAAACCAGUCAGAUUCUCUGAGACCAUUCAUGAGUCUGUUCUGUUCUUAUGGGGCCCGAUUCCAACUUAGGAAUUUACGCCUUUCCUACACAGUCUUUCCUAUGCAUUUCUUAGUAUUUUGUAUUCAGACGUACCUUAUUUAGUUGCGUAAUGCGCUCUGCAGGUGUGGCUACCUUGCACACUCUGAAUAAAUGUCAUUCAACCGCUGAAUACCCUCCCACUUGCUAGCCAUCAUAUUUUCUCGUGGAGUUUUCAUUCAAUAGGGUUUUCAGUACAUUUAUCUUAAAUCAUCCGUUUAAAUACAGUGCACCUUUUAGUUUGAAUUUUGUCGACAGACUCGAGAGAACGGGUUCAGAAUAUUAGGGAUCAAUGAAAGAAAGCACCAAUUGGUAGAUG